AUGUCGGACUUUGAUCGUGUGACGGGUUUGAGAACCGGUGGCAGUGAUCAUGAUCAUGAGUCAGACAGUGAAAGCUCGGAGGUCGUUCUCAAACACAAGAAAGACUAUGUGGCUGCCCUUCAGGGGGCCGGCGUGGCAGCCAGCAUGAAUUGGAAACUGGCCUCGUUGCAGGAGGCUUGGAAUCAGCACAAGAGAGGUGGCGUCCACUCAGAGGCCACAGCAGUUGAGGAGCCGGCCGCAGAGGCCACAGUUGAGGAGCCGGCCGCAGAGGCCACAGUUGAGGAGCCGGCCGCACAGGCCGCAGUUGAGGAGCCGGCCGCACAGGCCGCAGUUGAGGAGCCGGCCGCAGAGGCCGCAGUUGAGGAGCCGGCCGCAGAGGCCACAGUUGAGGAGCCGGCCGCAGAGGCCGCAGUUGAGGAGCCGGCCGCAGAGGCCGCAGUUGAGGAGCCGGCCGCAGAGGCCACAGUUGAGGAGCCGGCCGCAGAGGCCGCAGUUGAGGAGCCGGCCGCAGAGGCCGCAGUUGAGGAGUUGCAACUGGCUGCGAUCGCUCAGCAGCUCGUGCAAUUGCCGCGGAGUGAGAGGAUCUCUCGGCUGGAGGAGCCUGCCAAGAAGACCAAGGCCGUCGCCGAGCCUGCCAGGGAGAAGCCGCCUUUGAAGAAGCGUCGGAACUACUACCUCCAGGCCAUGCGGUGGAGCACUUUGGGUCGCUGCGUGCAGCUGCGCAGCUCGGCUUUGGUGCGGGACACAGAUGCCGCUGGUGUGGUUAAAGUGGCGUACCGGGAGUGCCACACCGUUGCUGACCUCUUUGAUGUGGAGACGCUUGGCAGAGCCUACGGUGGCUAUGUUGCCAAGCACUACGAGGAGCUGGCAAAGCGGCUCAAGAAGAUCGACCCUGUGAAGGGGCAGGACGAUGUGGAUGCCAUCAGCGCGCAGAUGGGCAUUUACAUGCAGCUGCCCCCCGUCUUUGGCAAUCUUCAGAAGUUGGGCAUGAGCUCCUUCGCUGAGGUUUGCCGCAGUGGCAUGCCCCUCGUGGACAUCGACCAGCAGUGCAGUGCCGGGCGGAUCUUGUUGGGGCGACACCCGAGCGCCGCCAGGCUUGGGCACUUUGUGCGCAAUAGGGACUCCUACCUGGACAUGCUGCCAGUGGAGCGGGAGGACGCCAAGGAGUUCUUCACGGGCCUGUUGUUUGGGGGCGGCAGCGGGCGCCGCCGGGAGUUUGAGGAUCAGCACGGCGUCCGGCUGCCUCAGUGCGUCCAGGACCUCAUUGCGGAGCUGCGGGCUUUGAGGGACAUCGAUGAGAAGAAGUACGAGAACCAGAUGAGGAUGCUGGCCACCGAGUACCCUGGCAAAACUCUGCAGGCCUUCCUCCACCAGAUCGAAGAGCGUCGGAUCUCCAGCGCCUUUUGCGCUGCAGUGGAGGCCCAGGGGCUGGGCCGGCCCGUUAGUUGGGAACAUGACGGAGUUGUGUUUGCUCCCUUGAGAGACCUCCUGCCAGAGGAGGUGGACCUCUGGAGACAGCGCGUGCUUUGCGCCGCACAGGCCGCGGUGCCGGACAGCCCGCUCGGUAUCAAGGCUUACCAAAGCAUGGAGGAGCUGCUGCGCCACUUCAAGACCAUCCACCCGGAGACGGUGGACAAUGACUGGGUAGAGCAGGAGCAGGUUCGGUUCCAGCUCAGUGCCUACCUGUCGGCCGGCGUGGAGUCCGUGGACUAUCUCGCGGCCCAGUUGCUGCCCGGGCACGUGCUGAACAACGGUGUGCUUGUGUUGGACACAUACAAGUGCGUCCCAACAUCUACCAGGCACACCGAAACCGCCAUGUUUGACGAGGGCAAGGGCCGCUGGACUUUGGCGAAAUCGGCGCACGCCGAGACGACGCUGGCUGAUGUGGUGAAGCAGGUCUACAUCGACUCGACGCCGGAGGACUGGGUCGGCCUCCCCCCCAAGGUGGCGUUCCAGAUCGCCUUGCUCCGCAAGGUGGCGAAUACCGCGAUGGAAAAGGGGCUCUACGAUCCCUACUUCUUCGCAGAGCUGGACGGCAAUAAGUACCGUGACUUCUUGUUGUUUCUGGAUGGCUGGGCGCUGCACGUACCAACCAUGCAGGCCACCAGAGGCCGCAGGGACUUGCGGAUGAGCCGCUCACUGGGGAUCUCCUACCCCGGUGACUUGACGCACAAGCUGGACGUUUUGAACGUCGCCGCCCUCCUGGAGGAGGUGGCCUGCUUUGAGGACGGCCUGCCGGAGAAAGACUACACCAGCGAGGACAUGUUCCCCCAGACCUUGGCAGACCGCCUGUGGAACCUCUCCCAGCACCCGGAGUUUGCAGCCCUCCGGUUCCUCUUCAGCUCGCACGAGUCAUGGCCCAGGGUCCUUUUCCUGCUGAAGUUUGCUGCCUUCCAGCUGUGUUCCACGAAAAGCUUGGAGGAUGGGAUGCUUUGGGUCGGCGCUGGGAAGAACGGCAAGAACGCCUGGAUGUCCAUGCUGCUCAAACUCUUUGGUGAUUGUGGCCACACACCGCCCAAGGAGGUGCUCACGAAGCCGCCGCAACCGCCGGAUGAGGCGGCGCCUGUGCGCUUCGGCCUCAGGGGAAGGCGGUUGCUGUGGUUCAACGAGCUGGAGGAGAAGCACCCCAUUCAGAGCACGAUUUUCAAGGACUUCCGCGACCACGCAACGACCUUGACGGCUCGCACACUGUACGGGGACAACGUUGACUUCAACGUCACUUGGGGCAUGGUGCUUGCCACCAACAGUAGGGUGUCCUGGACCGCCGAGGAUGGCGGCGUUGGGAGGUCGCUGACGAAGGUGCGGUGGCCAUUGCGGUUUGUCGCCCCGGGCAUGCCGCUUGGUCCGAAUGACCGAGUCGUGGAUUUGCGGUGGAAGGCGACGGCUGUCGUGGAUAGCGUCGCCCCGGGGCUGCUUUACCUGCUGCUCCAGGUCUACAAAGUCUUUCUGCCCCGGCUCACAGACACCCAGAUCCACCCGCGACCGCAUUGUGUGGUCCUUGAGACCGGCGAUUCGUCGGAGACGUUCUAUGCGAGCAAGGCCGUGGCUAACUUUGUGGAGACCACGGGAACGCUGCUCAAGAGCGGCCCUGACUGCCUUGGAUGGCAGGCUGCUUUGGAGGCCUUCACGGCCAGUGCUCGGGGCAUCAACCGGGUAGGCGCGAGGGAUAUCUUCAAGGCAGAGUUCGAGGCACACAAGUACUGUGGGAAGUUGCUGGCAAAGCACCGUGAGACCAAGGCUUUCCUUGCCAGCUCAAAGCG